AAUCUAAAGUUGGGAAUGAAGGUUGCAAUAGGAUCACUCUCUAUCGUUGCAACUAUAUUAAUGGCAAUUCUUGCAUAUUACUUGAGAACGAACUUAUCAUCAAAUAGGUUGAUAUCAUUUUGGAAGAAAAGAACAAGAAACAAUCAGAAUGUUGAAGCAUUUCUAAGGAAUUAUGGAUCACAGGCACCCAAAAGAUAUAGUUAUUCAGACAUCAAGAAAAUGACGAAUUCCUUUAAAGAAAAAUUGGGCCAAGGUGGCUACGGUGGUGUAUUCAAAGGGAAGCUACCCGAUGGUCGUUUGGUUGCAGUGAAAGUCUUAAAUGCCUCUAAAGGUAAUGGAGCAGAGUUUAUAAAUGAAGUUGCAAGCAUUAGUAGUACUUCUCAUGUUCAUAUUGUCACUUUCCUGGGUUUCUGUUUUAAUGACUCCAAAAGAGCACUUAUUUAUGAGUUCAUGUCCAACGGAUCUCUUGAGAAGUUCAUCUAUAACAAGAAAUCAGUGAAAGCAUGCCCUGAUCAUCACCUCUGUUGGGCUAAACUACAUCAAAUUGCAGUUGGCAUUGCCAAGGGAUUAGAAUAUUUACAUGUUGGUUGUAAUACUCGCAUUCUACACUUGGACAUAAAACCUCAUAAUAUUCUUUUAGACGAAGAUUUUUGUCCAAAGAUAUCUGAUUUUGGUCUUGCUAAACUAUGUCCUACAAAAGAUAGUAUCAUAUCAAUGGCAGAUACUAGAGGGAUCAUAGGAUAUAUUGCACCUGAAGUGUUCUCUCGAAACUUUGGAGGAGUUUCACACAAAUCAGACGUUUAUAGCUAUGGAAUGAUGGUACUAGAAAUGGUUGGAGGACGAAAGAUCUUUGAUAAUGGAGUUGAUCACAGUAGUGAAAUUUAUUUUCCGGAUUGGACCUAUGAGCAUAUUGGACAAAGUGAGCAUUUACAAUUAGACAUGGUUAUGACAGAAGAGGAAGAAGAAAGAGUCAAAAAGAUGAUUUUAGUUGGUUUAUGGUGUAUACAAAUGGAUCCAUUAAAUCGACCAUCAAUCAGCAAAGUGGUGGGUAUGCUAGAAAGAAACCUUGAAUCGUUGCCAAUUCCUCCCAAGCCUUUCUUCUCUUCUCCUUCAAGACAUCUAACUAGUGUUUUUACGGGAUCAACAUCUUAAUUGCUUAUAUAUAUUUCUUGUAUAUGACAUACAUUCCUAGUUUUCCCAAAAGAAUAUGUAUUUUUCAUUGGG